GGGUGCUGAUGCUGCCCCGUCUGCGUCAGGUUUGGGAAGCUUAGCGCGUCUUUUGGCUACAUUUUUUUGUGAGAAGCACUUAAAUUGGUAAUUUUUUCAUUUUAUUUUCAUUUUUAAGGCGUCAUUUACCUUUUUGAUGUUUUUACUUUGUUAUUUAUUGUUUUUUUUUAAUAACCCUGCUUAAUAUUUCCCCAUUAAAAGAAGUAUAAACAUGCUAAACAACAAAAAACUUUCCAGCCCACCAAUAAACCCACAAGCAAAAAUUAUUUUUAAGCAGUUAAAAAAAUAUAUCAUUAGAAAUUCACCCAGCGACUAAUUAGAACUGCAGUGAUGUCCUCCCCCGGUUAUAGUGAGCAAAAGAUGCUGUGAUAGAAACCAGAGCGAUGCAAACUUUACGCAUAUUCCGCCCUAAGAUUUGCACUUUGGUGUCUUAUUUCCAUAAAUCAGGUCGGGUACGACGCUGUGUGCUGUGCACGCGCCCAGUCGCGUGCCUCGGGAGAUGCCGAGCGACGUGGAGUUAUUAUUGGCGUGCCCGAGAGGUUUCCCCCGAGGCAGCGUGUCAUGUGUCAGCCUCUGCAACUGCUUGUCAGGCUCCCCCGAAACGACUGUAGUUUGUCACCGAGACGUAAAGAUGAACACUAAACAGUUUUUUCCUCCCAGCAGCCUUCAGCUGAAUCCCAAAGUAGAUGCAGCGGGAAAAAUACCACGGAUGUGACAGGAGCCUGCUCGACUGGGUAGGGUGGGGCAGCGCUGGUUGCAGGAAUCUGUUGGACCGAGACACUUUCUCCAAAUCUGACCCUUUGGUUGUGUUGUACACCCAGGGCGUAGAGACCAAACAGUGGAGAGAGUUUGGGAGAACAGAGGUGAUAGACAACACGCUAAACCCAGACUUUGUCAGGAAGUACAUCCUGGACUACUUCUUCGAGGAGAAACAGAAUCUGCGCUUUGACGUGUAUGAUAUUGAUUCUAAAAGUCCAGAUCUGGCAAAGCACCCAACCGAAUUUAACGACUUCCUGGGACAGGUCUUCUGUACGCUGGGAGAGAUCGUGGGCUCACCUGCCAGUCGCUUGGAGAAACCGCUCGGUGGUAUACCCGGGAAGAAAUGUGGAACUGUUAUCUUGUCUGCGGAGGAGCUUGGAAACUGCCGAGAUUACGCCACCAUGCAAUUUUGUGCCAACAAACUGGAUAAAAAGGACUUCUUUGGAAAGUCAGACCCCUUCAUGGUCUUCUACAGAAGUAAUGAGGAUGGCACGUUCACUAUCUGCCACAAGACCGAGGUGGUGAAGAACACACUGAACCCUGUGUGGGAGCCCUUCUCCAUCCCUGUCAGAGCGCUCUGCAAUGGAGACUAUGACAGGACAAUCAAGGUGGAGGUGUAUGACUGGGACAGAGAUGGGAGCCAUGAUUUCAUCGGUGAAUUCACCACAAGUUUCAAAGAGCUGUGUCGGGGUCAGAACCAGCUGAAUGUGUAUGAGGUGGUGAAUGCCAAGAAGAAAAUAAAGAAGAAGAGAUACAUCAACUCUGGGACGGUAUCCUUGUUGUCAUUCAGUGUAGAGUCAGAGCACACCUUCCUGGAUUACAUCAGAGGAGGGACUCAGAUUCACUUCACAGUGGCCAUUGAUUUCACAGCAUCAAAUGGAAAUCCAUCACAGUCCACUUCACUACACUACAUGAACCCAUACCAGAUGAAUGCCUAUGCCAUGGCCCUGAAGGCAGUUGGAGAGAUCAUCCAGGACUAUGACAGUGAUAAGAUGUUCCCUGCCCUAGGAUUCGGUGCUAAGCUGCCCCCUGAUUGGAGGGUUUCCCACGAGUUUCCACUGAAUGGCAACGUCGACAACCCGUACUGUAAUGGUAUGGAGGGGAUUCUUGAAGCGUACCAUCAAAGCCUUAAGACAGUUCAGCUGUAUGGACCCACCAACUUUGCUCCUGUUGUUAAUCAUGUGGCAAGGUAUGCAGCAGCAGUGCAGGACGGAUCUCAGUACUUUGUCCUGCUCAUCAUCACUGAUGGAGUGAUUUCGGACAUGGCUCAGACCAAGGAGGCCAUAGUGAAUGCAGCCAAACUCCCCAUGUCUAUCAUCAUUGUUGGAGUAGGCCAGGCUGAGUUUGAUGCAAUGGUUGAGCUGGAUGGUGAUGAUGUCAGAAUCUCCUCACGGGGGAAGGUGGCAGAGAGAGACAUCGUACAGUUUGUACCAUUCAGAGACUACAUGGACCGCACAGGUAACCAUGUGCUGAGCAUGGCUCGACUGGCUAAAGACGUACUGGCUGAGAUCCCUGACCAACUGAUCUCCUACAUGAAGAGCAGAGCCAUUAAACCCAACCCUGUGCCAGUGUAUUCGCCCAGUGAUGAGCCGCCGACCAACCCCGUGUGAGCCCCUCCCCGCCCACACACACAAAGCUCUGCGUCGGGCAGAGCAAGGUUGAGAUUGAUGGGAACCCGUCUCCACCAACACUUCUUUGAAGCAAAAAUGCUUUUGAGGCCCUUCCGUAAAUAUUAAUCCAGCGUAACACAAAGAUGAUGAGACUCCAUUGUGGUUUGGAGCAGUGAGACUGCAGAGGGGAAACUGCUAUGAUGAGGGAGCUUACUCUCUGAGUGCUUGAGGACCAGAGCGCUGAGAGACCGGUAUGAAAGGAGCUUUCAGUUGUUCACUGUCUAACCUGACAAAAUGGUGAUGUAAUGGAUAGCAAGUGAGCCCAUAAAGAGGGCCUGUUUGAAGGCAUAAAUAUAUUAGGAUGUGCCAGUAUGUAUCAUGCUUGUGAUACCUUUUGGAAUCAAUGUGUGUAAACUAGGAAAUCAUGUGUAUAAUAAUUUAUUUAUUUAUUGCAGGAAUGAUCUGUUCAUUUUAGGGGGUUUUAAAGGGUGGGGUAUUAAAGUCAUAUUUCCCCAGAAGUUUUCCACCUUAUAUUUUGUGACCAGUAUAAUAAAAACGACCCCCAUUUCUACUUUGAUAAGGACUGUAAUAUAAGAGCAUGUGACAAAACCCAUUCAGCAGUUUAUUAAUCAUGUUCACCUAUGAAUAAUCUUUAAUUGCAAGCUAUAAAGUAGAGCACCUCCUGCGAGCUGUUGCUAUAUAGAUAUUUUAGCACCAUGUCUUAUACAUCUUUCUUAUAUUUAUAUUUACAGAAUGCACUAAAUAUUGUCCAAAUAAAAAGCACAAAGGCAAUAGUGGUGAUAAGCUAAAAAAAACCUCUUAUUUUGAAAGGACUAGCCACAAUGACAAUAAUGGAAAGGGCCCUGAUUUUUUUUUGACACUGUCUUUUUUAUUUUAAAAAGGAUUAUCACUACUAUUAUACUGAUAUUUAAAUUAACUUGUAUCUAUCAUAAAAAGAAGCACAUACUCACUUUUCCAUGUAGUAUGCAAGGAAACGUAGAUAAAACUAUUCUCAUGCUGCCAUCAUUUUCCAUCUUGCUGCUUCUUUCCAUUAUGUUUGUUGUGGUGACAGUUUAAUAUCUGAGAUUUAGUUCAGUAUUUUUAAAGGAGACUUCAAAUACGAUAUACUUUUGAAAGACUGAUGUCAACUAACAGCCAUUUUUCUCCUCAUUAAAUUUGAUUUGUUUGAUUUUCCCCAGAAUGAAGAUUGAACAAUCAUAAAUCUCGCAACAGAGUAAAAAUAUAUAUUUAGGCACUGAGUGUUUUUUUUUAAUUGACUGCACAAAACAAAAACAGACCUUUUUUUUUUUAUUCCAUCCUGUCUGCUGUCUUCUGUCUCUCGACUGUUCUCAGAUCAUUUUGUUUUAUACUAAUGCACAAUGGCCCAUUUUUAUAACUCAUCGGGAUGCUAUUUAAAUGCUUAAAAACACAAUUGCACAAUUCUGUUUUAAGAUUUAGUUUAAGCUUGUUAAUAUAUCUAUACAUAUCUAUAGAUAUAGAUAUAUAUAUGGCGAUCUUUAUGGCGACUGUGUAUAAAUUGUGUAAAAAAAAAAAAAAAGAUAGUUGUGGCCCAGUUGUGUACAUCAAGUUAUCCAUAUAUAAUGGGCAUUUUCACAUAGUCACUCAAUAUCUUGAUCCAGAUGUGCCUAUUUAUAUGGAAACAUAUCCAAAUUUAGUUACCCAGGUGUGAUUCUGCCAGCAUGUUUUAAGAUGUACACACAGAAAAUGUUGGAGAUGAUAAAACACUUGUGAGAUUAGGACUAUUUCAGCCAAAGGAGCUGGUACACACUGUCUCCGCCACUGCUCUGCACUUUUUUAUACUUACAGCUCUUCACUAAGAAUCUUUGAAGUAAUAAAUGCUACCAGUGUCAUCGAGCCUUGUUGUACAAUAUUCAAAGUCAAGACUUGUUUACAAUUCAGCUGUGGCAUUUACAUGGCCUCAAGGAAAAAGUAAACAUUCAUGGGUUUUAUUAAGAAAUUCCUUUCUGUUUUGUUAGCACAUUAUUCAGUGUUUCAAAAUGAUUUCACUCAAUGAAACUGGAGAACUAACGUUUACAAAGAUUUUUUUGUGUUCUCUGUGAAUGUGAAUCUCGGUUGUGUUUUCUUUUGUGUUCGGAGUUAAAUGUGUUUGCAUAAUUCAUGUUGCUUUAGAGUUUUUGUUUGUUGUUCUUUGACUCCCAUGGCUGUGUUGCUCUCAGAGAGCAGAAAGAGUCUGAUGAUACUGCAGAAAGUCAGUCCUGAGGUGCUGAACUCCUUCUGUCAUGAGUCCAGCCCCAUAUUUGGGUUUCUUUCCUUUACAUUUUUUUCAUUAGUGAUGACAUUUCCCUCUCAGAAGACAAAGCAGGGUUUAAUCUGCUGACCGAUUUCUUGGUUCAUCACAUUUCAAAUUAGGCUGAGUUACAUAAUGGUCAAAAAUACCAGUAUGCCUCUACAGAAAGCUAUCUAACACGAUGAUAAAAAAAAACCAAAAAAAAACGAAAAA